AUGUUUGAUGGAGAGAAUGAUCAGGUUUGGGCAGUUAGAAUGGAAGCUUUUCUUGAUGCAAGUGAUUUUUGGGAGGUUUUUGAGGAGGACUACGAGGUUCAUCCACUGUCUAACAACCCAACUCUUGCACAACUCAAAAGUCUCUUUACCAAAAUUAUGACCUUGAAAUCAACCAAAGCAAUAUGGAGUUUUCUUAAGGAAAAGUAUGAUGGCAAUGAGAGAAUCAAAGGAAUGCAAGUGCAGAAUAUGAUAUGGGAGUUUGAAAUGCAAAGAAUGAAGGAGUUAGAGACAAUCAAUGAGUACUUUGACAUACUUUUCAACAAUGUCAACAGGAAAAUUUUUGUCGUAGACCCUGAAAAAUUUAAGGCUACAAUUUUCUCAUUGGAAAACUCUAAAGAUUUGUCAAGCAUCACCUUGGAAGAAUUGUUAAAUGCAUUACAAGCUCAAAAACAAAGAAGGCUCUUAAGAUUGAAAGGCUCAAUAGAAGGAGCUUGGCAAGUUAGGGUUCAAAUAAAUCAUAGCACCAAAACAAAGAAGAAGAAAGGAAAAAAGGAAAAUGCAAACACAAAUGCAAAUGAGGUUGGUGCUAAUGAUAACAAUAGCGGUAGUGGCAACAAUAACAAAAAUUAUCCUCCUUGUCAACAUUGCAGCAAGAAAGGUCAUCAUCCUUUCAAAUGUUGGAGAAGGCCAAAUGCGAGAUGCAACAAAUGUAAUCAUAUAGGGCACCAUGAGAAAAUCUACUGGAAUAACAUUCCUCAGAAGAAUGAAGCUAAAGUGGUAAAUAAGCAAGAGGUUGAAGAGCAAUUGUUUGUACCCACAUGCUUUGUUGGCUACACUUCAAGUGAAGUUGGCAAUUUGUUAAGUGUGGGACAACUUUUGGAUAAAGGUUGCAAAGUUAUUUUUGAGAACAAGAAAUGCCCAAUCAAGGAUGCAAAUGAUCAUGAUAUGUUCAAAAUCAAAAUGAGGGGUAAAAACUUCUCAUUGGAUCUAAUGGAGAACGAGUAA